AAGAGGUCAGGCAACGCCACUGUCCAGAUGCUCAGAGGAAAAAACGACCGCAUCAAGAAUGGUGACACGGCUGAACAGAUGUUAUUUCACGGUUGCCGCCACCGUUGCCCAGGAUUACGAGGUCUCCGACAUUCAAUGUAGCGGUGCAGGAUCAGCUGCCGAUCUUCUUACAGCGAAGAUCAAAAGGCCAGUUGGCUUCAGAGGGGCGCCGCUCUUUGCUGACGACAGGUCCGCCAAUCCAGUCACCGACAUUCACUGCCAGAUCAGGCCAGAUCCCAAUGAUUCUCAGGAAGAUAACUACUUCCUGAAGGUGACUGACUUCUCAAGAUGCGGCAUUCUAAAGAGAAACGGUUUCAUUCACCUGCGAAUAUGGUUCCCGGCUUUCCCUGGUGUGGUGAUGCUAGCCGAUCAAGAAUUGAUCUUGAUGUGUCGGCCACCUGAGCCUACUUUACUCCGGCAUAAAGCCGCAGGUUUCGCUGGAACCUUCCCACAUGGAGCAAGAGUGUCCGGAGUGGUUGAAGAAACUCCUGGACGACUCGAGUACGAGGUAGCCCUUUACCGUGAGGCCACAGGCAAUGUAUCAGACGCAUCAGCGUCGCAGACUGUCGAUCAAGCAGUUCCCAUCGGCACGAAGCUUCAGUUAAGAGCUCGAAUCAGUCCAGAUAGUGCAUGGGGUUACAUUAAACUGCUGGAAGUGACCGUUAGUCCUGAUCCUGAUCAGCCUCACGCACCAGGAAGUGUGGUGCUUGUGAAGGACGGCUGCAGAAAUCGAGAUUUCGCGUCAAUAAUUCCUCAUCAACCGGCCCGCUAUCGGGAAAGAAAGAAUGAAGUUUUCCUCGAUUUUGAAGCCUUUCUCCUCAGCUCUAUGAGAGAACGAUCCACGUUGUGGAUCCACUCGCAGAUCAAGGCUUGCAUGGAACCGCAGGAUUGCCAACCGGAUUUUUGUCUUGAUCUUUUUGAACCAUCGGGACACGGAAAAAGAAAGAAAAGAUCAAUCGAAGAAGCUUCAAAUGAGUUCUUUCCUAAACUUGAUCGUUUAAUAAAAGAAUACAAUGAUUCGACGCCUUACACAAAGUUUAAAGAAAAUAUUGAAUAUACAGUGAUGAUGCCUGAUGACUUAUAUCAAAAGGUGGCUGCUGGACUUGAAAACAGCUGCGGUAGUUUUCUUUACGUUGCAACCGGAUUAGGUGCACUUCUUGUUUUAUCAGCUUUUAUCAUGUGCUAUCUAGCAACGCGUCUUCACAACUUAUCAUCAACUGUACCACAAAAUAAAUCGAUCGACGAACUGGUACGAGAUCGUGCUAGAAAAUAUUCCGAACCAACGCCAGGUUAUACAGGCCGGUCUACGGUACAAUAGUGAAAUACAAAUCUUACAUCUUAUUAUGCUUAAUCAAAAUGAAACAGCAGUUUUU